AUCUCUGGUCUUUUAACUCCUAGCUUUUCCUUUCUUUAGAGCCAAAUCUCAUCCAAUACACUUCUACGUCAGACACAAGAAAGAAAUAUAAAUAUAAUAAGGAAAAAUGUCAGAUCGUUGGAAUAAAUUGCGAGAUCAAUUCAAGACAAAAAACAUUGAUUUGGACGCCGAGUUUGAGAAGUUCCUGAAUGAGUCCAUGUCUGAUGAAUCCUCCCUUGGCUCUCCUCGCAUGAAGACUCCUGAUCUGAAGGCAAAGCCUCGUGGACAGAUGCCAUGGUGGGCAGAGGAAGAAGAUGAUGAUGACAGGAAAAAAACUGAGGCUGUUCGACAAAGUUGGCUGAAACCAAAAACUUCCAAAUUGGGGGAAGGAAAGCCAGAGCUAGAGACAACAAAUAAUGAUACAACUGCGGCAGUUGCCACACCAGAAGCACAUCCUGAUAAAAGUGGUGGUACAGCAAUGUCUCGUGGAAGUUAUAUUGAUACCUCAGCUCUGUCCAUGAGUAAAGACAGCCUAGAAGAAGGUCUGGCAAAGUCCAUGGAAAAGAAAAAGCCCUCACAUGAGGAAAUACUGAAGAGGCUUGGAUCAGAAGACUUUGAGGACACUUUAAGCCACAGUGAUGAACCAAAAACAGGAGCAACUACUAGUCAAUCCUCUCCAGUUCCCCAAUCAUUUUCUGCCAAGCAUGCCAGCAUGGGACUGGACACCAUGAAUGAGGUAGCUGACAAAGAAAGAUUCUUUCAAGAUAUGGAGGGUGGCUCAUCAUCAGUAGAUUACAACAAGAAACUCAAAGAAAUAUCAACUUCUGAGUCAGCUGAUGUACAGAAUCAGUUUGACAAUGAACACCUGCAAGCAACAGGAGCUGAACUGGGUGACUCUAUAUUCAAUGUAACAGGAACUUCUGAUCAAAGAGACAAAGCUGUUGAAGAGGUAGAGAACGAUAAGUUGGGUGGUGAAGACUAUAGUGAUAACUUUGAAGAAGGAGAAGAAGAAGAAGAAGGAGAAGUAGACGAUGAACAUCCCGAUGAUAAUGACACUGAACAACCAGCAAGGCCUUCAGCUCCGGAGCCUGCUGAAGUAGCUAAACCGAGUAUGCUGUCCAAAGUUUCUUUGAUGGAAUCUUUAGAUUCUACUUUGGAAACCAAGAGACCUGCUGCAGCGCUGAAUCUUCUAUCACAACAAAACAAACCUCAAGUUGGUGUCUCUUCUGAAGGAUCGAAACAGAGCCCGACGUCCAAAAAUGAAAGGCAAGCAUCUUUGUUGAGGACCGGACCUGAUUACGAGGCGAGUGGAAGUACAAGAGACAUUCACGAGUUGCAAGCUGCGCUGCAAGCUGCCCAGCUUACUGUUACUGGCACAGGCUCCAAAUACUCAGGUAAUUUCGAUCUUCCAUCAUCUGAAGCAGCGAAACAGAGUACGGACCAGCCGGACGAACGGCAGAUUGUCAUCGAAAAAAACCAACAAGGGGAAACGCGUUCUCGGGGUUUCGACCUACAACCGGUUGUGGUGACGGAUGACUGGGUUUCCACUAAAGACGGUGGUGUCAUACCUAGCGAAGAAAAGCUAAGUUCUUUAAACGAAGAAGGAGGGUUUGGAUUGAAGCCUGUGCGGGCAAAAGACGAUCGUAAAGCGGGCAUUGAGUCUAGUGUCGAAUCAUCUGAUGGAGGAACACGCGUAGGAACUGUGUCAGGCACAGGGGAACAACGCGGUCUGGAUUUGGCUCCAGCGCUAGGCGGAUAUACCGAGGAAGGGCGAGGAUUUGAUUUGCAGCCUGUUGAUGAUGCAGCUGGCUUCAGUCUGCAGCCGUCACCACAGGCAAGAGGCUUCGACUUAUUGUCUGCUGUCGCUGCGUCGCCUGGGGUGACUGAAGGAGGGCGGGGGUUUGAUUUACAGCCAGAAAAAGAAGGGCGUAGUUUUAAUCUUCAGCCAUCAUCUAAGGCAAGGGGUCUAGACUUUAGCCCUGCGGCCAGCAGCUCGUAUGGAAAUACUCAGGAUGGGCGUGGAUAUGACCUGCAACCGGCAGAUGAAAGGAGUGGUUUCAGCCUACAGCCUGUCGUGAACUUAUUGCGAGCGGAAAAGGAAGUGCAAGAGGAUGAUGAUGAUGAUGACACUCCGCCCCCGGAGAGCUUGCAGAGUAUUAAGAGUAUAGCACGAGCAAGGAAAGGUGCAGGGGGGAAUAGCCUCAAGAAGAGCACCGAGACAAGUAUGUCGGGUAAGAAAGCGUCAAAGUUUAGCAAAGAAAAGCCCGGCAAGAAAACAGCGGUAGUAGAAAAAUCGCAGCACAAGAAGGAAAAGGGCAAAGCGUCUGGCAGUCAUGCAGACAAGAGCAGUCUUUUUAAGCCUUCUCCUUCAUCUGGUCCAUCCUGGUCUCCCACGCCCACUAUGAGAAGUAGUAAAACGAAGACCAAGAAAUCGUUUGGUGCAAGUAAAAAGCUGCUUGCUGAAAGUCCUGCUGCUUCAAAACCGACUAACACAAGUCCGUCAGCAAAAGAGCUGGCUGCUUCUGUUGAAUCAUUUGCAAACUACUUAAAACAUAUCGUCCGACCCGGAAAUGAAGACACUGAGCCACCACCAGCAAGGUGGUCCGAAGACGAGCCCGCCAAAUCGGUCUCGCGAACAUCCUUCCGGAGACUGUCCGACGAACACCGACUGUCCCGCGAAAGGGCAUUGCAGGCUGAGGUGGAGAAUUGGCAACUUGCAUGGAAGGACGAGAAGAAGAGGAACGACAAACUGAUUGCGGAUAUGGCGUCCCGCGAGAAGGAGUGGUCACGAAGAGAGGAGAGGUGCCGUCUUGAAUAUGAAAGUCAGAUUCACGAGCUCAAACAAGAGCUAUUUGUUAUGCAGUCAAAGUUUAACGAGACUGAGAAAGAGGCUGACUUGAGGAAAAGAGUAGCAGCUGGUGGAAGGUUAGAGGUUGCUUCUGAGGAGGAGAUGAAAAGGUUGGAGAAGGAGGUUCGGGAACAAGAACAACUUUUAACAGGAUAUCAACAAGAAAAUGAACGGCUUUAUAAAGAACUCAAACAAAUACAGGCCAAAGAGAAGGCGAGCGAGGCCAGGAUGUUCAGUGAAAACCAAAAGCUGGCAUCGGAACUCGCCAUCCUGAAAGAGAAGAUAGAACGACGAGAAAGCGGGGGACCUGGACCAGACUUGCCAGCUCCAGGCUCUGCCACACUAGGCGCGGAUAAAAUCUCCCAAUUGACAGUAGAGGUGAGGUCAUUACGGAGACGAGUGAGUGAGGUACAGGACGAGGCGGAUGAACUGAGACGAGCAAAGCAAGAGCUGGAAACACGAAUUAGAGGGAUAGAAAAUGAGAGAGAUGCUGCAGUGAAACAAAGCAGUCAAGUUUUAGGCUCAAACACAAGAGAAAUCGCCGAACUUGAAAGUCGACACGCAGCAGAGGUUGAACGCUUGCGCACUAAGCUCAAAUGGUAUGCUGAGACCCAGGCCCUUCUCGACCGUGAUGCAAUCACGCUGAAGAAGAAAGAGGAAGAAAUCAGCGAGCUUAAAGAAACUGUUGUCCGGUUACAGGCCCAACACGGCCAAACAGUGGCAGAGAAGAAACAAAGAGGAGUGGAGAGGGCUAAUGAUGCAAGGCGGAUUCAAGAUCUAGAGCGGCAGGUCCGUGAGAUGGAGGAGAUCAUCAAACGCCGAUAUCCAAACUCCCUACCUGCUCUUAUUUACGCUGCUGCCUCGGCACCAGGCCAAGCUCAGCCCUUGACGACCGAGUCACCUCGCAAACAUUCUCCGACUUACGCAUUCCUCGAGAACCGAGUGAAAAAGCUCGAGGCUGAACUUGAGGAUAAAGAUGAGGAAGCAAGUAAACGAAUACGAUGUGUCGAACAAAAGUACAAUGCGCUGAGAUUGGAGUAUGAAGAUAGAGUUAAAGACUUGGAGCAAGAUUUACAGCGCGCAAAUGAACGGAAUGAAACAGCUAGAUCAAAUACGCGCACUAAAAUUUUCGAAGAGGAGCUACAGAGGGCGCGUGAGGCGAAUGACGAGAAAGUUAAGCUGCUUCAGACUGAAAUAGAAGUCCUUCAGGACGCUCUGUCUAAAGCAACAACGGCUGAGGGUGGAAAGGCUACUCGUAGGAAGCGACUUGAGUUAGAGAAACGAGAGACUGACGAUGUAAGUCUCGCGAUUCAACCUCUUCAGGAAAAACUCGAAAAGAAGGAGUUGGAGUUGGAGGAUUUGAGGCAAACAUGUAAUCGAUUGCAGCGUGAGAGAGAACAGAUGCUUGCUACAGAAGGUCACUUAGUGGAUAGGUAUACGAGUCCCAAACCAGACCCUCUUGUUGAUGACUUAACACUAGAGAAUAAGCGCCUUAAGGAGCAGGUCUCGCACAUGUCUCUGGAUAUGGAUCAACAACGGGUUCGUCACCAGGCUUCUCUAGCGGAGAGCGAGCGAAGUACCCGGCUAGCUCGCGAGGAGGCAGCUGACCAGCUGGCAAGUGUGCAGGCUCAACACAAACGUGAGCUAGAUCAGCUUAAGGCCGGUUUUGCUGCAGAACACGGGUCUUCCAAAAUAGCUGAGCUGAAAAGUCAGCUAGCAGGUCAGGAGAUUGUUAUUCAGCGACUUAAGGUGAAGAUGGCUGAUACAACUGUCAAUGCAGAGACAAUAGCAGCGGCAAAGGUUCGUGAGGAGUCUCUUCAACAGCAGGUUGCUCAACUUCAAACAGAUCUGAGACGUGCUAAGAAGAUGUUUACACCCGAAAUGAACCACUUCGACUCACUAGAGACUAAAAUUGUAGCUCUUGAACAAAAGCAUUCUCAAAGAGAAGUGGACUUACAGAGGGUUAUAGAAAAAACACACCUUACGGCCAAGAUCGAGAAAGAAGAAACAGAGGCAAGAUGGAGACAGGUUGUACGUCAAAAAAAUCGGGAAAUCGAGAAAUUUAGAUUUGAACUUGACGGUAUUCUCGAAGUGCUUAGUGAAUUGAAACGCCAGGGAGUGGUCAUACCCUUCAGAAAUGGAGAAGGGUUUGCACCUUAAAGGAAGCCUUGUUUGUUUCCAAUACACCGUGAGCAGUCUGGGCCCCUGUGGGCCACAAUGCUAGUUCUUCACUGUUAAAAACGCUAGUGUGGUUAUGAAAUGACGGUGUGAGAGCUGUAGUUUCACUGCACUACACAAGCUCAAGGAGACCAAGUGUUGAUAAGGCUUUAUAAACGGAAAAUGUCACCAGCCUUGCGGCGGAACAAGAAAGGAAUGCGUGUCCAGCUGGUCACUUGCUGGUAUGGGUGAAAUACAAAAGGCUUGGAUAACUGAGUAACACAUCAGCGCGCCUUGUAGUACAGAUCGAUCUGUGGGCGACAAUGCAGCAGUUACCUUUCCACGUUCAUCGAUUGAUACAUCUCCCAGUGUACGCUCGAACUCAAUAUGUGCUAUCGACUUAUUCGAGGUUAUGGAGAAGUGAAAGGAAGCAACAAAGUCUAGAUCUGCUAUCAGUAACCCUUGGAAACGGUAGGAACUUUCCUUCCACUCAACAUGUUGAACUUCGCGCCAUUAGUCUGUCAAAAAGACCCUGUGUUUGCACUGAAAACGACAAGGGCUUGCCUCGAAAAAACAAUAAACAAAUCACCGCAACAAGAAGGACAAUAUUUUCGGAAAAGGAUAAACGAAAUAGUGGACUUCGUGUUGUGUUCAUUCCAUGACGAAAUUAAAGUAUAUUUCAGAUUGAAUCAUAAAAGGAAGAAUAAAAAC